UGCGCGGCGCUGGCUCCAAAGUGCGUCACGGGCACCGGCCGGCUCCUCGGAGGCCAGGGCGAGGCUGGCGCGGGGCCAGCGCGGGCCGGGCCAGGGGUGCCGGGCCGCCUUGGGGCGGGGACCGGGCGUGGAAGUCGCUCUGGUGGCCCGGCCCUCGGCGCGCGGUGGGGGGCCCCCCAGCCGCGGGGCGCGCGAAGGCGACACUGGCUCUGGGCCCCCCUCGUUUCCUCCCGGCGGCGGGCGAGAUUUCCUCCCGGGGAAACGCGCGGCUCCCUCCCGGGGGCCCGCCCCGCCCCGCUCCGCCCCCCGCCCCCUCCCUGGCUGGGAAGCCGGGGCCGGGAAGCAAGUGGCAGGGGCCGCGGAGCGCUGCCGCCCACUCACCCGCCAUGUGACGCCGCCUCCUGCCAGCAGCCCCCCGCGCCCCGCGCACCAUGCUCCCGCCGGGCCCCGCGCGCCCGCCCGCGCCCCCGCCCGCGCCGCACCCCGGCGUCCGCAGGCAGGUGGAGCCGCCGGGCCAGCUCCUGCGCCUCUUCUGCGCCGUCCUCGUCUGCUCCGGGGAGAUCGCGGCGCUCGCCGACUUCUCCGUAGCAAUGUCUUCAAGAAGUGACUCCCCCAAGGAGGAGCGAAGGAGGCAUGAGAUGAUGCCAACUCCACCAUCACAAACCAGUAAGAUGUGUUUGGCGAGUCUUUGGUUCGCCUCGAAGUCCUGCCAGCCUUCCACUCACCACAGGAACCUGCUCCCUGGCUACCUGACCAAACUCCUGCAGAACCACACGGCCUACGCCUGCGACGGGGACCACCUGAGCCUGCAGUGCCCGCGGCACUCCUCCAUCAGCGUCCAGUCGGCCUUCUACGGGCAAGACCACCGGGCGUGCAGUGGCCAGGGCCUGGCCGCCCAGGGGGACAGCCUGACCUGCGUGGCGCCCACCACCUUCCAGAAGGUGUUGGACGAGUGCCAGGACCAGCGCGCCUGCCGCCUCCUGGUCAACAGCCGGGUGUUCGGGCCGGACCUCUGUCCCGGGAGCAGCAAGUACCUCCUCGUGUCCUUCAAGUGCCAGCCAAAUGAACUGAAAAACAAGACGGUGUGCGAGGGCCAGGAGCUGAAGCUGCACUGCCACCCGUCCAAGUUCCUCAACAUCUACGCGGCCGCCUACGGCCGACGGGCGCAGGACGCGGACCUGUGCGCCUCGGGGGCCCGGCCGCCCCCCUUCGACUGCUUGUCCUACUCGGCGUCGCACGUGCUGGCCCGGAGGUGCUACGGGCGGCAGAGAUGCCGAGUCCUCGUCGACGACCACCACUUCGGGAGCCCCUGUCUGCCCGGAGCCAGGAAGUACCUCACCGUCGCCUACGCCUGCGUGCCCAGGAGCAUCCUCACAGCAGUGGACCCCGCCCUCGCUGACCAGGACCCUUCCCUGAGGCAGGAGGACGAGGACGGCGGCCACGGUGUCAACGCCGACCCCAGCGAGUCGCGGGUCCCGAGGAAGGACGGGGUCCUCGUCAGCAGCUCCCUGGCAGCCUUCGCCUACAUCAGAGCCCACCCCGACAGGGCCGCCCUGCUGUUCGUGUCCAGCGUCUGCGUUGGCCUGGCCCUCACGCUGUGCGCCCUGGUCGCCCGAGUGUCCUGCGCCAGGGACCUGCGGGCGCUGCGGGGGGCGCGGGAGCGCCUGGUGGCCGGAAGCGACGGGGCCUUGGAGGACAGCGAGGACGCCGAGGGGAGCGAGGACUCCUCCGCCUCCAGCUUCCCCGGGGAGCUGUCGGGGUUCCGCAGGACUCCGUACCCCGCGUACACGUCCAUCGAGGCCGCGGAGCUGGCGGAGAGGAUCGAGCGCAGGGAGCAGAUCAUCCAGGAAAUAUGGAUGAACAGCGGCCUGGACGCCUCGGUGCCGCGGAGCGCGGGCCCCUUCUACUGAGCUACGGAGCGCGGCGCCGGCCCCGGCCUGGCUCACUCGUACCUUCUGUGAAGGAGACUCUGUGGUGUCCCCGGACCCGGAAAAGCCGGACCCGACCACAGGACCUUUCCGGUGUCCGCAGCACAUUCCUCAUAAACCGGAGGGCGGCUUCGAUUUCCGUAUUUAUUGAGGUUCCCGUCUACACGGGACACGAUUACCGUUCACACCGAUUGAGCGAUCACGCCGCCUGUCCCACGCUUUCCUGGUGCUGUCACCACGGCGACCGCAGGCGCUGGGGCACGGCCCCUCUUCCCGGUGGGCAGACGGCCACCGUCCAGCCAAGCAGCUGCACUGUUGCCAGGACGCACGCGGUCACCACUGGUGGGUUUUAAACAAAUAUUUUUAUUGAUUUCAGAGAGGAAGGGAGAGGGAGAGAGAGAAACAUCGAUGAUGAGAGAGAACCAUUGAUCGGCUGCCUCCUGCACGCCCCCUAUUGGGGAUCGAGCCGCAACCCGGGCCUGUGCCCUGACCGGGAAUCGAACCUGACCUGGUUCGUAGGUUGAUGCUCAGCCCCUGAGCCGCGGCCGGGCUUGCCGGCGGAUUGAAGCACUAACAUUACUUGACAGAGCAGGGGAGGCAGCGACAUCUUUCUCCAACGGCAGAUGCUAGAAGGCUGGGCGUCUGCGUCCCGGCAGGUGUCUGCCGACCCUGCUCUGGGGCUCAGAGGCAGCCGUAGCUGAUCCAUGAUGAAAACCACCGUGUUCCAAUAAAACUUUAUUUAUACACAGUGA